CAACGUAACCCACAGGCCACUGGAGAUCAUAUAAAAAAUCUACAAGAUAUUUUGCCUAAGAAGUGCUAAUAAGCUAUUGCAAAAGGUUGCAAGUGAAAUUAUGGUCAUAUGAUAUUUGGCUACAUCGGACCCAUUAACCAACAACGAUGCGUAGAAAAAUUCAUUUAUUGCUCUUUGUAAUUCUUAUAACAACUAAUUUGAGUGCGGGCAAGGACAGUAAUAAAAACAAAACGGUAAAAGUUAGUCAUAAAAACAUAAAAAAUGUUAGCCAUUCGAAAUUCACAAACGUUGAUCGGAACAAAAGGUCAAUUGAUGAUGAUGAGGAUGACAAACCAUUCUGGGCUCACCGAGGUAAAAAACAAUCAGAUGAAGAUUUAAUGACUGACCUGAGAAGUAAUCCAAAUUUAAAAAACCGAAUACUUAAAGCUGCCGAAAAAAUUGUCAAAGAUCCUCCAUUCUGGGGUAACCGAGGUAGACGUGAUAGUUCAUCAGUAGAAAAUUUUGUCGAAGAUAUGGACUACCCGAUAGCUGAUCCGUAUGAAACAAGUAUGAUGGGAAGGAACUGUAAACAUUGUAAUGAUCCACUUUACCAAUCAUUACAACAAGGUCGUUCUAUGUAUGACAGUCAAUUAGAACGAAGAGAUGAAAUGUCUCCGUUUUGGGGUAAUAGAGGGCGGAGAACAUCUGAUGAAAUUGAGAAUGAUGAUGAUUUUUCGCCAUUUUGGGGGAACCGGGGAAGGAGACAAGAAGAUGAUCCUUUCUGGGGUACACGUGGUAGAAGAGAAGAGGAGCCCUUUUGGGGUAAUAGGGGGAGACGUGAAGAACUUCCGUUUUGGAGUAACCGCGGACGACAAGCAAGAUUAUUGAAAAAUUGGGAACAGAUAGAUGAAGAACCUUUUUGGGGUAACAGAGGAAGACGUCGGGAUUUGAAAGAUUCCAUUCGUGAUGCUAUUAGUGACGUUGAAGAAGAAAUCGUAAACCUUUCUAAAUUAAAAAGUGAUCAGUCAAAGUACGGAAAAGGUUCUUCGCAUUCAACAGGAAGAGAAAGUUCAUUAAAGCAUUUAUUUGAUGGAAAACCACGGCAGAAAAUGGGUUAUAAGGCAACAAAAAAAGCUAUCAGUCAAGUAGAUCCAUCUCAGUCUAGUACUGUUCAUGAUGAUAGAAUGUACGUUGACGAACCCCACUAUAUCAUAGUAGAAAGAAGCAGUCGGUCAUCAGGAGAAGUGGAUCCUUUUUAUAUAUCAAGGGGUAAAAAAAUGAAUCACAACAAACUUUACUUGGAAAAAGCUGCAAGAGACAGACGCGGUGCAAUCGAAGAGAUAGUAAAAUCAGUAAAAAAUGAUCCUUAUUUUAUUGUCAGAGGUAAGAAAGACAGCGACGAAAGUGACAUCAAGGCGGAUAAUUCAACUGCACUCCAUAAAAAAUAUGCUAAAGCCAAAGAAUUGAUUUGUGCCACAGUAAACAUUCUUUUAUUAAAUAAAAAUGCUGCGGGUAAAGAUAAAAGAGAGGGGCAAGACAGCGAUAGGGGCAGAAGAGCGAUAUUGAAUAAAUUGGCCGCCCAAUUACAAAUUGAUCCAUACUUUGUAAGCAGAGGAAAAAAGAACAAUGAUUGGACGAACAAAGACGAAUAUCUAGCGGAAUUUUUAGAUCAAGUAUCAGAAAUGUGCAAUUAGAUUUAACAUAGGGAACUCUUAUAUUUAAUGGCUGGAUAGAUAUAAGUAGUUUUCUAAACUUGUUUUUUAAUACAAGAAAUAAAUAAUGAUAUUAUUGUAAAUGCUUAGCUUUUAAGGAGUAGUUAAUUGUAUCGAAUAAAAAUAGCAUGCAAUGAAUGUGUUUCUGAUAAAAUAAAUUAUCAACUGUU